CCACUUUGGCCUUAUCCACACAGAAAUGCUCCUGUUUUUUUUUUUUUUUGGCAAGUUGAAAAAAAAUUGCAUACACGCAGUGUCCGAUCAGAAAAUGGUCACAUCCAUACGAGAACGGAUCACUGGGUGAAAUUAUGCAAUACAUAAAGCACGCCUACAUGUGGCGCUGUAAACAGACACAUAGAGAGAACCACGUGACACACCAAAAUUUGAGAAAAAGAAAGACCACAUGCACACAAGGUCCGUCUUCAUUUGCUUGUACAUCUUAUCUGGACUGACAAGUGGAAUUACGUCUGCGAGUCACUUUGGAGAAUAAGACUAUAAAAUAUCAGGAGAAUGUCGAUUGGGAGCCAUGUCAGUCAAAAUAUGGUUUAUGGUUUAAUUUUAUUUUAACAUGCAUGCAAGUUACAAUGGAAUACAUCACAUAAUUGAAUUCACAGUUCCACAUGUCCAAUAGGAGUAGGAAGAAGCAAAGCUUAUUUAAUCCUACCCCCCAUUUGUUCCACAUCUAGUGCAGUACAUUUUAUUCACUUCCUGUAUUCCAUAUGUGACUUUUUAAUACAUAGAAUAAUGAUAAGGUAAUGUAACAAAAUGAUGAUAUAAUUAUUAAUUAUUAAGAUUUUUUUCUCCCAAUUAAUAUAAUAGUCAGUGUAAUAAUAAAUAUAUAAAUAAUAAAUAGAAACAAGCAUAACAAAACAAGUUCAAGGCUCCUUUGCCUUAUAUUUUGCAAACAUCAGCUGCUUGUAUUGUUUUUUGAAUUCACUCAUCCUUUCUCAAUCCGUUCCAUAAUUUAAUUCCACAAACUGAAAUGCUGUGGGUUUUUAGCAUUGUUCUGGCAUACAAGUGUUUCAAGUUUAGUUUUCCUCUAAGAUCAUAUUUCUCCUUUCUUGUGGAAAAGUAUUGUAUGGCAUUUUUGGGUAGCAGGUUAUUGUUAACUUUAUUCAUUAUUUUAGCGGUUUGAAAAUGUACUAACUCAGCGAAUUUUAAGAUUUGUGAUUUUAAAAAUAAGGGAUUUGUACGUUCUCUAUACGAGACAUUAUGAACUAUCCUCACUGAUCUUUUUUGCGGUACAUUUAGCGAGUGAAGAUUGCUUUUAUAGUUAUUAUCCCAUAUCUCCACACAGUUAGAUAGAUAGUUAGAUAUGGUAAUACCAGAGAACCGUAAAGAGUGUGGAGUGAUUUUUGAUCAAGAACAAAUUUUGCUUUAUUCAAUAUUGAAGUAUUUCUCGCAACCUAAUAUUUUUAUAUAUUUUUGAUGUGAGAUUUCCAGCUCAUUUUUUCAUGUUAUGAUCCCCAGAAAUUUAUUUUUGUUUACCCUUUCAAUGUCCACUCCGUUUAUUUGUAUUUGGUCGUAUGUGUCUUUUUUGGUAUUACCAAAUAGCAUUAUUUUAGUUUUACUUAAGUUCAAGGUUAAUCUGUUUUUAUCAAACCAUCUUUUUAACAUGGCCAUUUCAUCCGUGACAUUUUUAACUAACUCUUGUGGACUUUACCUAGAAAAAAAGGCAGUCAUAUCAUCCACAAAUAAUACCACAUUUAAAUCUUUCGGCACUUUACAGAUGUCAUUGAUAUACAAACUGAACAGUUUUGGUCCCAAUAUUGACCCAUGGCGUACUCAACAUGUAAUAUUUAGGAUGUGUGGCUUUACAAAUUGCUUCCUGUUUCUUCAACCCAAUUCAAAACUAAUCCUCUGAUUCCGUACCUUUCAAAUUUUGUUGUUAGGAUGUCGGGAUUAAUUGUAUCGAAGGCUUUUGUAAGAUCCAUAAAUACUGCAGCUGCACACUUUCUGUGGUCUGUAGCGUUAGUAAUUUCCUCCGUGAUUUCAAUCAGCGCCAUGGAGGUUGAAAUGUUAGCUCUGUAUCCAUAUUGAAUAUCUGCGAGUAAUUCAUUCUUAGUAAUAAAUUUGUCCAACAAAGAAAAUUGAGGUAAUAAGGAAACUUGUCAGUAAUUUGUAAAUUGAUGUUUGUUUCUAUUUUUAAAGAUUGGAACUACUUUAGCUAUUGUCAUUUUGUUAGGAAAUUUCCGGUCUGAAAUGAUAAGUUACUGAUAUUUGUUAACGGUUCUACGAUCUCAUUGAUAACCCUUGUUAGUGUUUCCAUUUCGAUUCCAUUACAAUCAGUUGAUGUUUUUGCUUUACAAUUAUUGUGUCAGUGAUUUCCUUUUUAGUUACAUCAGUGAGAAACAUGGAAUUAGGAUUCCUAUCUAUAGUUUCAUUCCUUUCCUCCAUUGUCCAGAAAUUUGGAAUUUCUUCUCCCAGUUUUGGUCCAAUAUUUACAAAGUAGUUGUUAAACAUUUCAACAUUUCAUCCUUAUUAGUGUAUUAUAAAAAUAUUCAGAUGUUAUGUUGGCUUUUUGGCAGCAGUACACAACCGGUCCCUUCUCGUCAUGUUGCAGCGACGGGGCGGCGACAUCAUCGUUCUCAGAAAGUAAUGUUUUGCUUGUCCACACGUCUUUGACGAGGCGCCGGUGUCAGAUUUUCCCUCUCUGUGAGCCGUUUUCAAAAAACACUGUUUCAGAGUACCAUGACACCGUCGCUGUGUGGAUGAAAAUGUUCUCCUGUGGACUGGCCAUUUGACAAAUUUUAUCCAGAAUUUGGUCUUAAAAAGAAGAGAAAAAUAUGCUCAUCUGUCAACGGCACCUCACACGGGACUGUUUUGUGAACAUGGGCCAAUACGAAGCUGUAUUAUCAAACUGUUGCUGAAAUCCGACGUCUUUCCAAUGUUACUUGGUCGUGUUGAAGAAUCAGGAGAGCAAAGCUGUAAGUAACAAUUUAUCAGUGUCCUAACUGUGUUUAUUUUGUGUAAGUAAUCGGACAAAAGGGGUUCGGCAGCUGUCCGGAAGCCCUCGGGAGCGCUUGGGAGUGUUACAGAUCACAGCGGAGUAGGCUCAGAGGGAGGCGUACCUGGAGGAGGGCCGGGGGGGUAGAGUAAAUUACACAGACCGUUUGGGCAGGAGGCAGGAAACACUGCAGUAAGAGGUGGAGAGUCUGGAAUAUCUAGAAAGCUUUCUGUGCGGGUUAUCGUGUUAUCUAUAGGAGUCCAGAACACACUACAAAGGCCUGAAAAAGAGUAUAAUAGGUCCCCUUUAAUGACUGCACUACUCUAGACUCAUCAAGGCUUUUGGGAAUUAUUCCUUCCUGUCCUGUUCUCUACCCGUUGUUUUGCCUGAUCAGAACCUACACCAUGAUGUAACAUGUACAGUACUUACAGUACAUAGUUCAACAUGACACAUAUUCAUGUGAAAGUGACACUCCAGGCCAGUAGAAGUCACACAACAGUGGGGAGAGUGAUUAUUACUGUUGAAGUGUGAAUUUCUGAAUGUGAUUAUGAAGGCACGAUCUGACAGCCGUGGGCACUCGGGUAGCAAGCGUUGCACCUUCAUUACAGAAACGAUUCAAGCAUGAGUGUUGCCAUCUCUUUUGUUUGCUGAAUGCUGAUGCUGCUGCGCUAUUGUUUUGGGGGAAAUGAAAAAACAAAGAACAACACAUCUAAUAAAAGGGAGCACCGUAAUACAGCAAUCAUUCUUCCUUGUUCACACUUCAAUUGUCCAGCUUUGGUUUUGCAUUUCGCUAUCUAAUUCUACAUGCUUGAGGAGAGCCUUUGAGAGCUAGUAGUCAUUGUUCACGAGUCCACAGCCUCUAAGGCUAUGUUCACACUGCAGGGCAAUUCCGAUUUUUUUGCUCAUGUGGGACCUGUAUCAGAUUUUUUAUGCCAGUGUGACCAGUACAAUUCCGAUUGUUUUCAAAUGCGACGCAGGCCUUGUUUGUAUGUAGAUAUAAAUCUCAUAUGUAUUCGAUCUACUGCUACUUGGAUAAAGGCACUCACAGAUGUAGGCAAAAGUUCUUCUUGUAAUGCGAAAAUUAUUCUAAAAAAGUGUGUCAGUGAAGCGGCUCGCGUCAAUGUCCCACCACUCCUAGCUCACACACUCACACACACUCCUUGGAACAGACGUUGCAGCGAGUUCUCAAUGAACUGCCAUAGCCAAUUCUCUAUGUCCUAUGUGGAAUCAUUUGGUUAAGAAAAUGUUUACUCCGAUGACACAAAAUUGUUCUAAACGCCACAAUUUUGCACCAAGAAGAGCACAAACUGGGGCAAUGUUUACUUUCGUAAACACACAGCAUGCAUGACGUUUACAUUUACAAGACACAUUUUUUUGUGAACGACCAGAAAUAAAGAUCAGAUUUUAAAAAAAAAUCUGAACUGGCAUCAUACCCUGCAGUGUGGACGUAGCCUAAGCUUUCUUGUCUCCGGCCUCUCUGGCCAUGAAGCCAGCUAGCCCACCAUCAUGCUCACUGUUUUUCAUGAGAAAGUUUGCAUGAGUCGUCACUUGGAGAUUAGCGGCAAUUGACAGGACUGAGUGUGAGGAAUGAGAGAGAAUUUUACCAGGGGAAAUGCCAGAUGGCGUGUAAUUAGAGUGCAUGCACCGACACAAGAAUUAGCAAGGUUAGAAAAAUGCAUGUGUUGCCCAUUAAAUUGUAAUGUGCUUUCUAAUUCUUCCUAAAAGAGAUAUCAUUAAUAUGCUUGAAACUCACUAGACAUCAAUACCAAAAUGUCUUUGGGCACUGAUGUUGCUGCAAGUCAAGGGAAUUAUCCCUCCAUGACUCUAAACAAGGCACCCUGGUAGGUGCCAAAAACUGAGGGCCAGUGCCAGUAAUGAAUACUUUAUCUCCAUGCUGGCUCUUUAUCAUUGUCUUAUGCACAAUUUUACUUCUGCUAUGUCCUGACACUGUGUAACAUGACCCCAAGCACAUGCUGGGUGUGUGUCACCAAGUCACAUUUCUCGUGCAUACUCAUGUUCUUGACAAGUGAAGGUGAUUCUGAAUAAGGGCAUGAUGACUGGCUGCCACUAAUGUACUGUGUAUCUUUUGUGACUCCCCACAUGCUGGUAAAAAUGAAUGUUAGUAAAUGAAUACCAAUGUCCAGUGUUUUGGCAAGAAAGCAAGCAUGCACUGGUGUUACUGUUUACGUUAACCGAAAAACACAUUAACUGGGACGGAUGCUAACCGCCGUUCCACUGUAUAUUCUUGCUAUUAGGUACAGUGCGGGAAGUAAUUAUUUCAUCCCCUGCUAUUUUUGUGACAUGUUACAACAUGAGCAGUUCAGAUCAGUCCAGAAAAAUAAAAGAUAAAACAUAACAACAUCCAGAAGAAAAACAUUAAAGGUUAUGAAUGAAUUUGUGUUUGAUUGAGUGAAAUAAGAAGAAGAACAUGAAGAUGCAGGAGUGGCCUAGCCAGUCACCAGGGCCCGUAUUCACAAAGGAUCCUAAGGCUAAAAAUAGCUCUUAGUGACAUCACUCUUAGAAAAAUCUCUAGAAUUCCUCGGAUUCUGAGAUUUUCUUAGAAUUUUUACUUAAGAUAAAAGUUAUUCACAAAGCGUCUUAGGCCUUGAGAGAGCUCCUAAGGCGGCAAGGAGUGGUGAAGAGGACUUUUAAGAAGCCUAAGAGUAGUGUAAACAGACAAAAUGGCGGCAAGACGGAAAUCUCUGUACGCUAAAUGACAGUCAGGGUUUCUGCUACAUGGAAUUGAUCGUGGCGGUGCUCCACUACAAAAUAAAAGUUGCCACACCUUUUUUUUUUUAAACUUGAAAAAAAUUACACACAUUGACUACAAUUACUUUUAAAAUAUUUAAAAUAUCAUGAAAGUGUUUCACUUCGUUUUAUUUUGAUAAGCAUGUACCGGAAUUGCCUGUUUGCCUUGCUGGCACUUGAUCAGUGACCUGAUAGGCGACACGUCUCGUGUUGACUUUCAGUUUGUUUCUUAUUAUCGGGAGAAUGAGCCCGUAAAAUGUGUAGUUAAUUGACGACAGCUUGUCACAUGGUAAGCCUAUCUAUGCCAGCGUGUGUGAUCGCUCACGUUUCAAUCUCAUUCCACUUUCUGGCAUUUUUGUUUACAUGCCUGGCUGGUGGCAUCUAGCUAGCUCAGAGAUAAACUCUGAGUUAAUCUUGCUCUCUUGUUAUCAUUAUAAUACGUAUGGCUUGUCUUCAAAACACUAGUUGUGUGUCAAAGUUGUUCACCUGAAACACGUAGCGUUAGACCAUGAUGCGAUUACACGGGUCUUAAAUAGGUAACUCAUCAGCUACAGUAGCUCACCAGCUGAUGUUGAGUAGUUCACCAAAGAAUUCGCCUCUGAGUAUUUUUGAGAAGAUUUGUGAAUCCGGACCUAGAUCUUAAGCCCGUGGAAAAUAUGUGGAGCGAGCCGAAACUUUUACAGUAAGUUGCCAAGCAAUCGCCUCGAAACUUUCAGUAGUUGCACAUUAUCUGUAAAGAGUGCACCAAAAAGAGAUCACCACAACCCUGGUGACAAACGGCAAUAAAUGUCCGACUUCUGUGCUUGUCAACAAGUGUUUCUCUGCCAAGUACUAAGUCACUUUUUCAAAUAUUUAAUUUGUAACCUUUAUUUACCUUUUUUUUUGUGGCUGAUAUUAUGUAUGCAAAAAUAAAUCAAGGAUCAUCAAGAGGUUUUCUGGCAAAAUUGAGACAAGCCUUAAUGUUCUUUUUGUUCAUCGGUAGUUUUUGUCUUGGAACUCUGCCAUGUUGGCCGUUUUUGCCCAGUGUUUUUUUAGGAGGGUAGGAGUCAUGAACACCUACCUUAACUGAGGCAAGUGAGGCAUGCAGUUCUUUGGCUAUUGUUGUGGGGGGUUUUUGUGACGGGGCCGCACGGUGUCCUAGUGGUUAGCAUGUUGGCCACACAGUCAGGAGAUUGGGAAGAUUUGGGUUUGAAUCGCCCUUGGGCAUCUCUGUGUGGAGUUUGCAUGUUUUCCCCGUGCGUGCGUGGGUUUUCUUCAGGUACUCCGGUUUCUUCCCAUAUUCCACAAACAUGCAUGUUAGGUUUAUUGGCAACUCUAAAUUGUUGAAUGUGAGUGUGAAUGGUUGUUUGUAUGUGACCUCUUGGAUGAGUCAUUGCUACGCUCUUGGGGUAAUUCUGGUAGGCCGGCCACUCCUGGGAAGGUUCAGCACUGUUUCAUGUUUUCACCAUUUGUGGAUAGUGACUCUCACUGUGGUUCGCUGGAGUCCCAAAGCUUUAGAAAUUGCUUUUGAACCUUUUCCAGACUGAUAGAUCUCAAUUAAUCUCGGUUAACAAUGGGGGCUGGAGGAGAAUCACUUUUUCACACAGGGCCAUGUAGUGUUGGAUUUUCUUUCUCCCUUAAUAAUAAAAAAGUUUCAUUUAAAAACUGCAUUUUGUGUUCAGUUCACUUUUUCACACCACUGUAUACAUAUAUAAUACAGUGUAUUAUUAUUAUUGUAACUUGGUCCAUGAUAAACCAAAUUGCAUAAAACAAUUGCACAAAGAUCAAAGAUGGCGCCCUCCGUGGCAGACGUCUCUGUGACACUCUCCCGUGUUUUUCUAUUUUUUGCUAUUUUAUUGUUCAUUUUGGACAUUCAACACACUCACGCAGUACAUUACAACAGAGAGACACUUUUGAACAUCGGCAGGGUUCACCAUGAACCUUCAUUUAGCCUCUCAGACUUUGCCUUUCUUCUGCGCCGGGAGAACGCAGCAGCCUGCGGACCUGGUGAGCUGAAUACCCGGCGAGCAAAGCAUCCGAGGCGUAAACGAGGCAAGCGAGCCGGCCUGCAUGCUAGGCUAAAAGCUAGAGCGACGAGGCCACCGCUACCAAGCCUGCUGCUAGCCAACGUCCGCUCUCUUGAAAACAAGAUGGACGAACUACGAGCAAGGAUUACAGCUCAACGUGAGAUCAGGGAAUGCUGUGUCCUCACCUUCACAGAAACCUGGCUGACGGAGGAUAUACCGGACUCGGCGAUCCAGUUGGAAUCAUUUGCUGCUUACCGGGGAGAUCGGACUUUAGCGUCUGGUAAACACAGAGGUGGCGGCGUCUGUGUUUACGUAAACAAACGGUGGUGCACAGACGUACAGACGAUGGAAAAGCACUGCUCGCAGGACAUUGAGCUGCUGAUGGUGAAAUGCAGACCUUUUUAUUUGCCUCGUACAAAGGCUUCAUUAAAGAUUGUCCCAGUGGGCAGCUGGAUUCUGUGGGCUUUCAGAAGAUAUACAAGCAGUUCUUUCCUUUCGGAGAUCCCACAAAGUUUGCCUCUUUUGUCUUCAAUGUGUUUGAUGAAAAUAAGGAUGGACGCAUCGAGUUCUCAGAGUUCAUCCAGGCGUUGUCUGUCACUUCUCGGGGGACACUGGAUGAGAAGCUUAGAUGGGCGUUCAAGCUGUAUGACCUAGAUAAUGACGGAUACAUCACCCGUGAUGAGAUGUUGAACAUAGUAGAUGCUAUUUAUCAGAUGGUGGGAAACACUGUGGAGCUUCCAGAAGAAGAAAACACACCAGAAAAGCGAGUGGACCGCAUUUUUGCAAUGAUGGACAAGGUUGGUGUUUUGUUGUGCACCCUGGAGUAUGUCUUGUUUACCAAUAAAGUAAUGUACAGUGGCUGCUACCUCCAGGGAUUUGAGAUGGACGCUUUUAAAUUUAGAACUGCAAGCUGUAUCUACCACAGUGUCAUUCACAGUGUCAACAUUAUAUUGUCUCCUUCCGCACUUACGCUCAGUGCCAAUGCCCACUCUUUGAGUUCAGGGAAUCUACUUGGCUUCAGUGAAAGAUGAGGCCUGCAUGGGCGUGACCAGUGCUUUAGACGAGCUGUGCAGCAGAGCAACACUUGGCAAUUUGUGUCAGCACUCUGGCUAAAAUCCAAGUGCGCCAAGCCAACAUCAGCACUGAAGAGCAUCAAUGUCUGCUCGAGAGCCUCCUUUGCCCUCUGCUGGUAAAACUGUGAGAAUGCAUGAACGAACAGGCUUCAGUUUCUUUCUGUGAUGUGUUCCUCCAGAAUGCAGACGGGAAGCUGACUCUGCAGGAGUUUCAGGAGGGCUCCAAGGCGGACCCCUCUAUUGUUCAAGCGUUGUCUCUUUAUGAUGGGCUAGUUUAGGAAUGUAAGGUGAGUGGAGUAUUCAUGCACAAGCCACCUGCAUACUUACAGUGGAUGUAUAUGUUUUUUUCCUCAGCACAAAUCUAAUAAUAUGCCAUCCACAUGUCAUCUGAGCAAAUAAAAAGAACGAAAAAAAUCAGUGAAUGGCCAGAAUCCAAAGCGAAGCAGCUGCUUUUUGCUCUCAGUUUGUUCUUAUGAAUUAUUCAAGCGACCCACUUGUUUGCUGGCAAUCAAAUGGUCUUGCAGUGCCGAGUGAAGAGGAAGACAAGCCUCUCGACUCUCUCACCGCCUCAUGUAAUCCACCAGCCGCUGCCAAUUGUUGCUGACAUUGUGCUCAGCGUUUUGUCAACUGUGAAGUGAGCUUGUGAAUGCAUAUUUUCAACACACUGUUGCACCGUUGAAAUGAUUACCGUGCAUGGUCUGAGUACAGACAGUUUUUCUAUGGUGAUCAUUCUCCUAACUCCUUGGACGGAUCCAACUUAGCAUCCGAAACACACACAAAUCCAGCAGCAUCACAUGAGUAAGGUGAUGAAAACACAUGCUAAUCCAGGAGUGGACUGAAAACAUUUGAACAGAGUUUCAAUCAGCAGACAUUUGUUAGGAUUUCCCCUAAAAAUUGCAGAUCACCUGUGAUCUUCUGAUGCCAUUCAAACAUGGCAGCAAAGCCCUCUGUCAAGUUCAUGUGCUUCUGCAGCCACUGUAUGUUGUCUGUGCAAGUAUCACAGCCUUCUUGCUUUCCUCACCAAGUGACUAAGGAGAGGAAUUAUUUCCAGACGUUUCACACGAAGAACCAAGGAACUGUGCUGUCAACACUACAUGGACUCCAGAAUUGAACAUGGAAAAGUGUAAUACGUGGUGACAUUAGAGUGAGCACGAUCUGAACGUUACAAAGCAGUGUAUUGUUAAAUGUAAAUAUGCUAAUUUAUUUCCUGCUUUGCUGUAUUCAAGGGAUCCCCCUCUCUUAAAAAUGGAAUGAAGUUUUAUUUUUAUCAAAGUUGUUGAAAUGUUUUGCACUGCAUUUUUCACUACUCUUGUGGGAUUGUUUUGCUCUCACGGUCUGAGUUCCCUCUUGAGAGAAUAGUUUUUAUUUGUGCGGAAGGCACACCACGUUUUCUAUGGAUUAUUUUACUAUGUUUGCAGCCUGUGAAUCCUAUUGUGUUUUCACUUCCCUGUGAGCACAAGUGUGUAGUGCACUGGCCAAGCAACGCCACCAAUCCUCACAGUUUACACGUGAAUUGAGGCUCACUAUUUCUUUAGAGAGCGUCGCAAUGCACCCUCAGCAGACACACAAACAAACACCAAUUCUGGUUGUAAAGCUUUUGCGAGCGACUAUUGUCUUAUAUUUGUUCUGCCGUGUGAGGCUAGAAUAUGCGAUCAUGCCGUCUACCAAUUCUAAGUCAAGCAGCUACAAGUUUUAGCAGUGUCACAGAUUUUAUGCCUUAUGCAAAUGAUCAUCUAUGAAUGACCAAUGCCAUUUACCUGUCAACUAUCAGUAUGAGAGCACAGAAUAAAAUGCAUUU